AUGAGUAAUCAACCGUUCAGUUGGGUUAAAAAUGGAGAGGGUCAACAUUAUGGAUGGUCUCAAGAUAGUUUAUUUGUCAAAGUGCCGUCAUCGACAACCAAUGGUGAAUUGUCUAUAGUUGAAGAUACACUGAAACCAAACUUCUUUUUGGCUCGACAUCAUCAUAAAAUAAUGACAGAAAUAUUUUAUGUUGUUGAAGGUCAGGUAGAAUUUAUAUUUGAUAAUCAAACAAUCAUGUCGAACAAGGGAGAUACAAUUGUUGUGCCACCAAACACAUGGCAUGCGGCUAAAUGCGAAAAAGGUGGUAAAAUGUUAACUAUAUUCAGAAAUGGUCAAUUUGAUGUCUAUUUAGCAAAAUUAGUAACAAUGACUGACGCAGAUUUUAAAAAUGAUCAAUUAGUAAAAGGGGUGGACAAAGACUAUGAUAUUUACAAGGAAUGA